AUGUUGGUACUCCCUCUACUGCAAUAUCUGGUGCCCUUCGUCGCAUUCCUGGCACUCGCAAUCGCAGCACCAGAAGACUUCUACAAAAUCCUGGGCGUUGACAGGUCAUGCGACGACCGAGACCUCAAGAAAGCUUAUCGGACACUCUCGAAAAAAUAUCACCCAGACAAGUCUGGCGGCGAUGAGAAGAAGUUCCUCGAAGUUGCCGAAGCAUACGAAGCCCUUUCCGAUUCUACUACGAGAAAGGUCUAUGAUCAGUACGGUCAUGACGGUCUGGCGCAGCACAAGAACGGUGGUGGACGACAACAGGGCCACGACCCCUUCGACCUCUUCUCGAGGUUCUUUGGAGGCGGCGGCCAUGCCGGAGGAGGUGGUGGUGUACGACGAGGCAACGACAUGGACGUGCGGCUGACCGUACCUCUGUCGCACUUCUACACCGGUGGUGAUACCGACUUUACCCUAGAAAAGCAAGGCAUCUGUGAUGAUUGCGAAGGUUCUGGGUCUGCCGAUGGGCAGGUCGAAACAUGUUCGAAAUGUGGUGGACGAGGUGCUAUUGUGCAGAAACACAUGCUUGCGCCAGGCAUCUUCCAACAAGUCCAGAUGCAAUGCGACCAAUGUGGAGGCCAGGGAAAGAGCAUCAAGCACAAAUGCAAGACGUGCGGCGGUGCAAAAGUCGUUAGGCGGCAGGUCUCGCUAACAGCAUCUGUCGAAAAGGGCAUGCCCAAGGGAAGCAAGCUCGUAUUUGAGAAUGAAGCCGAUGAGCAUCCAGACUAUGUCGCGGGUAAUCUGAAUGUAUACCUGAGCGAAUCCGAGCCUCAGCUGGCUGAGAAUGACGAGCACAGGACCGACGGCACGUUCUUCCGUCGGAAAGAUCAAGAUCUAUACUGGAAAGAAGUGCUGAGCUUACGAGAGGCUUGGAUGGGCGACUGGUCGCGUAACCUCACGCAUCUGGAUGGUCACAUUGUCCACCUGUCGAGGAAACGUGGAGAGGUCAUACAGCCAGGCCAAGUCGAGUCCGUUCCCAAAGAAGGAAUGCCGACGUGGCAGGAAGGCCAUGUACACGAACACGAUCAUGAUGUGGACGAAUUCGGCAAGCUUUAUGUCGAAUACGUCGUUGUAUUACCAGACCAAAUGGAAAGCGGAAUGGAGAAGGAGUUUCAUGCAGUAUGGGAGAAAUGGCGCAAGAAAUCUGGAAUAGAUCUGCAUAAAGACAGCGGACGACCUGCUGUAUCAAUCAAGGACGAACUAUAG